UAGGUGCGCUCUCGUAUCCACGGCUACUUCCUGCCUUUGUGGUGCCUUAUUUUCAUUGCUGACCAACUUGGCUAAUAGAGUUGAGCGUUCGUUAUAAUUGCGUCGUCAAACCACAGAAUUUUGUCAAAUAACUGGAGGACUUGUUCUUAGUUUAUUUUGCAAUUUACACAGGAAAACUGAAUAUGUUGACCGUUCGGCUCCGAGACCGUGAGCAGGCGAGAGCGGCAAGUCAAUCUGCCAGGUGAGCAGCGUGCCCCAAUCAGGUGGACCACAGCCGGAAUUCCAAGGAUGUUUUCAACAAAGCAAACGUGGAGAAAGGACCACGUUUAAAGGAUUUCACAUGCUUCUAGCUGUUUGACAGGUGCGGCUAAAGACUUUCUCACAACAAGGAUGUAGAAAGUGUGUGCUGUACUAACUCUCGCUCUCGACUGUUGGACGUUAAGUGGAGGCCUGGUGAUUGGCCGCCGUGACGCCAUCAACUAUUGAAGACCAAAAGGCAAUUUCAGCUGAAAGAGACAUUUAGGUAUAAGAGACAUUUAAUCCUGGACGUUGCCUCAGGUCAGGGAGUCUGUGUGGCGGGCGUGAAUUGUAGCAGUAACUGAAGUGCAUCAGCAACUGUGUCAUCUGCGAUCACACACGAGGGCAUUCCCGUUAUUACCACGAAUAUUAACUACCUCAUUUUGCGUUCCCAUCCCCGGCUGCUACAAUGUCUGUACAAUACACAAUUGAUAUCCAAUUGACAGAGUUGGGAUUUCCCGACGUCCUCCUGCGUCAGGAAAGCCUCUCUACAACAUGUGAUGACUCACAGUCACCUUGCCCCUCUCCUGCUUUGACAAGCCCUGACCCACCGAGGGGGAGCCAGCAUUUAAAAGGGCAGCCAUCCAAGCAGCUCAAAGGCCAACAGGCCCGCUCCUCGACUUGGAUUCAGGCAGGUACUGGUCUCCGGGCGUCACCAAGUCAACUUCAAUCACCACAGAGUGAGGCGGAUGCUGUUGGUGUGGCAACACCCCUGGAAGUCAAUGGGAACAAACCGCCGGCAAUUCAACAGCAACAGGAGCAGAGUGACUCGGAUGAUAGUGACGUUUCAGUGGUCUGCUACGAAGAUGAAGAGGAUGAUGAAGAUCAAGAAGGGCUUGACAAUGAGGUGGCUAAUUCUGGCAACUACGUCUGCAGUGUGUGUGGCCUGCGGCUCCCCUCUGACUUUAAGCUCCAGGAACACAUGAACCUCCACACGGGAGCGCGCCCGUACUGCUGUGCCGAAUGCGGCAAGCGCUUCUCGCAGGUCCACAACUACCGUUUGCACCUGCGCACGCAUGGCCCGAGCAAGGCGAACCGGCCGCACUGUCGCAUCUGCCUCAUGUCGUUUGCCUCGCACAAAUCUCUGCAGCACCACCUGUCCAAUACUCACUUUGAGAGCGAAUUCUAUGAGUGCGACCUGUGCAAGCGUGUGUUCACCAGUCUGAAGGCCUGCGAGCAUCACGUGGCGUUGCACAAUUCCAUGCCGGAGGUCAUCUGCGAAAAAUGCGGCCGCCAUUUUACCCAGGCAAAAUCCCUCAAGCGACACCAAAAGAAGGCAUGCUACCGCAUCUACAAAUGCACAGAUUGCUCCGAGACAUUCAGCAACAAGGACUGGCUCCUCAAACACAGCUUCUCCCACCUCGGCCUCCUGCCUUACACGUGCAUAAGGUGCCACUGUCACUUCCGCAUAGCCAAGCUCUACCGACAGCACAAGUGUGAACCCGGGCGCAUCCACUGUGUGGCUUGUCUGAGAGAGUUUUCAAGCCAGGAAGACUUUCUGCGACACAAGAAGGAGACGGGCUGCUGGGGCAGCUGCGAUGUCAAAGGGAGAAGCUGUGAUGUCAAAGGGGACGAGAUUCGAUGUCUGGAAUGCGGCCUCAGCUUUAGCACCGCUGAGGAGCUCAAGAAACAUGGCGGGGCUCACCAAAGGGUCCUCAAAUGCGCAGAGUGUGGGAAGGGAUUCCGCUCUGCCUUAUUGCUCAUGUCCCACAUGGGCGGCCAUGCCGGCAACUCUCCUUGCCUCUGUCAGAGCUGUGGACUGGGAUUUCCCCAUCAGCAGAACUACGACAGCCACCUGAAGACAUGUGGACAAACACCCCAGCUUCCCAAAGCUGCGACUGCUACAAAGAAACACCCUUCAUCUAAGAAGAAUCUUGAGAUAAUUCCCACCACAGAUGAUACGGUGAAUCCAGCACCAGCACACCCAGUGCAGACCCAUGUGCCAAAAACUGCGGCACCUGUCACCAACUCUCCGGUUCUGCAGUUCUCGACAGGGGAUGAAGCCGCCUCGGAUAGCUGCUGGAAGAUCACCCUUGACCAAAUCCCCCCACCUGGUGCUAAUCUCGUCCUGUUUGUUCCCGCCAAUAUAGAGGGCCUGACACUUCCGCCCGGGAUCAAACACGUAGUCCCAGAAGUCCAAAAUCCUGGAGCGCACCGCAGCUUUCCUCCUGAUCAACAUCUUGGCAUGUGGCCUGCUAUCCAAGAUGCAGAGUGCGCACCAAUGGAUUUAACCAAGAAAGAUCCCAAUCCAACACAUCCUCCUGUGGUUAAAAGUGAGCCGAUGGAGUAUGAGGUGACAGGAGAGGCGGCGAGACAAGAAUUGAACGACUGUGUUGUGGAUCUUUCAACAACAUCCUCCGUAAUAAAAACUGAGACUCAAUCUCCUGACUCAACAUAGAACCUGUUGGGAGAAAUUAAAAUGGAGGUUGACUUUCUAUAAACACCCGAGAGAGACAAUAAUACAAUUUAAUGGCUACACUUAACAGACUCAGAUGUUUAGGGGUCCUCAGCAAUACUAGUAUCGUUUAGGUUAGUAUCCAUCUGUUAUUCUUUUAAGAAAAACAUUCCUACCUUUGGCACAUUGGGAUCAUUUUAUUGAAAAUAAAAAUUGCAGUGUUAAAUGGUA